CUGCUCAUAGCCUUCAAAGGCCAGCUGUAAUAUGCCGUGUUGGGCAGUCAUGGUGCCAUUGGGGCCCAGUAGCGGAUAGCUUUACAGAGUACCUACAUGUACCAAACAGUUCACGGACAGCACGAGGUCAAGCCUAAGGGCAUUCUCAAAAGGACUUCUGGGAUUCAAGCAGUGUUGCAUACCGUCAUUGGUGUAGUGAACAUCUGCAUGGUUCUUGGGGGUGUAUCACGAAGUCCAGACCAGACGACGGUUGAGCGUUGAAUGGCUAUUGUGAACCACCGCUGCAACUCCAUUGCUGUAUUCGUACUUA